AUGAUUGACAACAGUAGACAAGUGUCGAGAGCUCCUCAGCAUAACACAAAACGCAUAGAGAAAUGCAGGAGUUUUGAACAACUGGCGCCAAGAGAGAGACAAGACUUUGUACAGGCAAAAUCACUAUGUUUUAACUGUCCUUCACCUGGUCACUCAGUAAGGAAAUGUCGUCACUCAACAACUUGUCGCAGGUGUGGCAAAAAACACUACUCACUACUUCAUCAAGAUAGAGAAAUUCAUCAAGCGCCUACAAACAAUUCAGAGAACAAUCACACGUCAUCAUCACGACUAAAUCAAGGUGACAAUCCACCUUCAUUACUUAAUAGUGAAGUGAACGUUAUUACUAAUUUUGCCAAAGAAGAAGAAACAAUCGGGUCGGGCGACGUUCUGUUAGCAACAGCCAUUGUAAAAGCUCGUUCAUUCAGCGGUAAAUUCUGUCUUCUACGCGCGUUGAUCGAUCAAGGAUCACAGGCUUCUUUCGUUACUGAGGAAGCUGUACAAACGUUAGGACUGAAACGUGUGCCGGUUAGUGGCUGCGUGUCAGGUGUCGGAGACGGUCGUUUGCGCCUUAAGUAUAUGGUUUUUUUUCGAAUUCAAUAA